UUAAACGUCUGGGGUCCUACUGACGUAGCCGUCUUUUGGUGCCUGUUGUGACCGGCAGUUGUGUUGGAGGAAUCGGUACGAGUCGUAGUCCGAAGGAUUGAGGGCCCCGAAGCUCCCGGUGGACUGCAGGCAGGCCGGGCUCAGGGAGCCACGGGGCCGGUGUAUAGUGUUUACCCCGGCCUCUCAGCAUGGAUCAUAAAGAAGAAACUGACAGCAAAGACCCUUUUGCUGACAUCAAGAAAGCCCCCCGGAGCAAAUCAUGUCACUGCUAUACUAAGGAAGAAUUGCUGGAUAUCAAGGAGCUCCCUCAUUCUAGACAGCGGCCUUCCUGUUUGCUAGAUAAAUACGACAGUGAUGGUGUAUGGGAUCCUGAGAAGUGGCAUGCAUCCCUCUACCCGACUUCGGGCCGUAGCUCACCUGUCGAUGCCUUGAGAAAGGAGCCUGAGUCAGAAAGAACAUCUCUGAAACGCAGGAUAGUUGACCCAAGAGAGCGUGUGAAAGAGGAUGAUCUCGACGUGGUACUCAGCCCACAGAGAAGGAGCUUUGGGGGUGGGUGUCAUGUCACGGCAGCUGUCAACUCUCGUAGAGCUGGAAGCCCCCUCGAUAACAAGGAAAAUGAGAGCUUGCGUCUCAUUGGUGGCCGACGGAUUGGUAGCGGAAGGAUUAUGGCUGCGAGGGGCUUUGAUCGUGACUUGCGUGGAGUAGAAAAGGAUAUCAGAGAGCCUCGGGACAGUCGAGAGCGAGAGAAGGAAUAUAAAGAUAAGAGAUUCAGGAGAGAAUAUGGGGACAGCAAGCGUGUGUUUGGUGAGAGGCGGAGAAAUGACUCUUAUACAGAAGAGGAACCAGAGUGGUUCUCCGGGGGUCCAACUAGCCAAUCUGAAACUAUUGAACUUACUGGCUUUGAUGACAAAAUCUUAGAGGAAGAUCAGAAGGGGCGGAAAAGAACUCGUAAACGCACAGUCUCAAUCAAAGAAGGAUUUGAAUGCAAUGGGGCAAUGUUAGAAGAAGCUGCCCUACCUUCUGAGAGCGCAGCAGACCAGGAAGUGCCUCAAGAGCCAGCUCUACAAGGCCCGGGGGAUUUUGACUUUAAUGAGUUUUUUAACCUGGAUAAAAGUGUGCCAGGCUUGGCAUCGAUGAUAGAGGAUGUUCUGGGUGAGGGAUCAGUGUCUGCAAGCAGAUUCAGCAGGUGGUUUUCCAAUCACAGUCACUCAGGGAGCCGUUCCAGCAGUCUGCGUUCAACGCCCCAUGAAGAACUGGAGAGGCUAGCUGGGUUGGAACAGGUGCUUCCCUCCAUUGGGCAAAGCACUGGAAAUUACUUUGCUCCUAUCCAAUUAGAAGACCAUGCUGAGAAAGUUGACAUCUUGGAGAUGUUGCACAAAGCCAAAGUAGACUUGAAGCCUCUGCUAUCCAGCCUGACUGCUAACAAAGAGAAGCUUCGAGAGAGCACACAUUCUGGCGUGGUCUUAUCAGUGGAGGAGGUUGAAGCUGGGCUCAAGGGGCUGAAAGUGGAACAGGAAAGAAAGAUUGCAACACCGUUCAUGGCUGAGCAGUUGGAAGAGGCUCUGACGGCUAUGGCUGGCCCAGCAAAACCUCGACGGGAUGCAGAUAUGUCUGCCUUCAAUAAACUCGUAAGCAGUAUGAAGGCAAGUGGGACACUGCCUUCUCAGCCCAAAGAUAAUAGAAAUCUAGAUGCUCACUUGAUGUCUGCAUCCUCUGAUGUUAUGGGAAAUACCCUUCAGCGUAAUAUUUUACAGGAGCUGCUUGGCCCUCCAAUCCCUGACCCAUCCUCCAAUGUCAUGAACAAUCUCAUGGGAGCACUGGACUCCACAUCUUCCCUAUUAAGGCAAAGGUCCCCAUCUCCUCAAAUACCGCAAGCAUUCCCCCCACGAGCCUCUUCUGCAGACUACCUUCGAAAUCGAAUACCUUCUCCUCUUGGCUUCUCUGCAGGUCCCCAGCAUCUCCUUGGAGAGCAGUUCCUCACAGGUGUACCUAAAGCAGACAGCCCUGUGAUGGCACAGGUUCUUCCGCUGGACCUGCAUCAAGCCGCAAUGGAAGGAUUACUAUCACAUGAGCUUGCCCUCCAAGCUGCAAGCUACUAUCCUUCUGUUUAUGGAAAAAUGCCCAUGGACAGAGGUAGAGAUGGUUACCGGAGCAGACAGCAGCAGAGGAUACCCAAAUCUCCAGUGCCCAAUUUACGGGGGAAGUCAAUAUCUCCGGGACCUGGUGCCCCAGUCACUAGCAUGUUGUCCCCAUCUUUCACGCCUACCUCAGUAAUCCGAAAGAUGUAUGAAAGCAAAGAAAAGAGUAAAGAUGAGGCUUCUGCUGGAAAGCAAAGCUACCAGGGAAGAGAGGAGGGAAAAAGUGUGCAGGAAGAUGGAGCUUUAUCUAGUCCAGAAACUACUGCUGCCCAGGAGACCUCCCCAGUAGUGGGUACAAGAUUCCCAUCUUCUCCACACUCAGCUGGUACCCCACCUCUUCCCCAGCAGGGCCGUUACACCAAAGACCAGGACUUCCGUCCCAAAUCUGCCGGGAGGAGAACUCCCACUCUAGCAUCCCCAGUACCAGGAUCUUUUCUGCGCCCCCUUCACCAGAUGCCCAUUGUGCCAGUUGUCCGGCCAUCCCACCAGUUGCACCCAGGGUUGGUACAGAGGAUGCUAGCGCAGGGUGUUCCUCCACAACAUCUUCCUCUCCUGCAAGCUGGACUACUUCCAUCUGGUGUUGACCUGCCCUCUCUACAUGCUCUUUCCCCAUCAGUUCUUGGUCAGCCUUUCUACCCAUUACCAGCUGCAGGGCACCCUAUUCUGAACCAACGUCCUGCAAACCCUCUGCAGCUCGCAAUGAUGCAACAACCAGUGCCGCGCGCCGGAUCUGGCUUCUCAGGAACCCAUGCUCCCUCACAAGGCUUGACAAACCGCCCUGGGCUUCACAUGAUGGAGCAGCGUCCUCUGAGGAGUACUUCACCUGUUGGACUGGCAAAGUGGUUUGGGUCUGAUGUCCUGCAGCAGCCUCUCCCUUCAAUGCCCGCUAAAGUGAUCAGUGUGGAUGAACUGGAAUACAGACAAUGAGGCUGAACUGUGCCACCAUCUGCUUCCCUCUGCCUAGUCCAGCCCCUCUAAAGCGGAGUAUAAUGAUCACAAACCUGAUAACACUUCUGCUGAGUUUUGUUUUGUUUAGAAUUUGGGCUGUGCUAUGCAGGGUCUACUAAAAAAAAUUGCAGGAACAUGGAGCGUCUACUCCCUCCCCAUCUGCUGAAUAUUACUGCAGACUGUGUUUGGAACAGCAUAUUUUGCCCUGGAAGCCUUUUGGAAAAGGGGCAUGUCUAAUUUCUGUUUAGUUUUUUUUCUGAUCAUGCUGAGGGGCUGCAAUGAUCCUUGCAGAUGAACUUGUGUACAGACUUGUAUAAAGCUAAUUUUUUUUUUUUUUUUCUUUCUUUCUGCCCUUGUGUAUAUAAAUCACAGUUAGGUUUAGGUUUUUUGUUUGAGACUCUGUAAAGAGGAAGCUUACUCUUGUGCUGUUUUUGCCACUUACCAAGUCUGAGCUCUCCCUUUAAUUUGUACAUGUCUCUUUUCUUUCAAUUAAAACUGCAUAUGCCAACA